UUCAACGAAAAAGGAAAGGGGGCCACCAUGCCUUCCGCGCCGCUGCCGCCUAAGGAAAGCAACCUUUUCAAGCGGACCGUGAAAUGUUACGAACAAAAACAGUACAAAAAUGGUCUCAAAUUCUGUAAGAUGAUCCUCUCUAAUCCAAAAUUCGCUGAACAUGGAGAGACGUUGGCCAUGAAAGGGCUGACGUUGAAUUGUUUAGGGAAGAAAGAAGACGCGUACGAAUUCGUCCGGAAAGGGCUACGGAAUGAUGUCAAAAGUCAUGUGUGUUGGCAUGUUUACGGACUCUUGCAGCGCUCCGAUAAAAAAUACGACGAAGCAAUUAAGUGCUACCGAAAUGCUCUGAAGCUGGAUAAAGACAAUCUGCAGAUCCUCAGAGACCUUUCCCUGCUGCAGAUCCAGAUGAGAGACCUCGAAGGAUAUCGAGAAACCAGAUACCAAUUACUUCAGCUCCGGCCCACUCAAAGAGCAUCCUGGAUUGGCUACGCAAUCGCGUAUCAUUUGUUAAAAGAUUACGACAUGGCCUUGAAAUUAUUAGAAGAAUUUAGGAAAACCCAACAGGUCCCCCCUAACAAAAUCGACUACGAAUAUAGUGAAUUAAUAUUGUACCAGAAUCAAGUGAUGAGAGAAGCAGAUUUCUUUCAAGAAUCAUUGGACCAUAUAGAAACUUACGAAAGGCAAAUCUGCGAUAAACUCAUGAUAGACGAGAUUAAAGGUGAAAUGUUGCUGAAUUUGGGGCGCCUGGAAGAAGCGGCUGAAAUCUAUCGGGAGCUUAUCGAUCGCAAUGCAGAAUGUUGGAGUUACUACGAGGGCCUGGAAAAAGCUCUGCAGCCACACUCUUUAGAAGAGAGGCUAGAAUUGUAUGAAGAAAUAAGCAAACAACAUCCGCGGGCUGUCUCCCCUCGAAGGCUACCUUUAAACUUCGUCACAGGUGAAAAAUUUAGAGAAUUGUUGGAUAAAUUCCUAAGGGUUAACUUCAGCAAAGGUUGCCCGCCCCUGUUUACAACUUUGAAGUCUUUGUACUACAGUACAGAAAAGAUUUCAACAAUUGAAGAGCUGGUAAUUAGUUAUGAAGCUUCUUUGAAAACCUGUCACCUGUUUAGUCCAGAUGAAAAUGGAGAGCUUGAACCGCCAACGACGCUGCUCUGGGUGCGGUAUUUCCUUGCCCAACAUUUUGACAAGCUUGGCCAAUUUUCCUUGGCAUUGGAUUACAUCAACUCUGCUGUGACGAGUACUCCGACGUUAAUAGAGCUGUUCUAUUUGAAAGCCAAAAUUUAUAAGCAUGUGGGCAACCUCAAGGAAGCGGCCAGAUGGAUGGAUGAGGCCCAGUCCUUGGAUACGGCAGACAGAUUCAUCAAUUCCAAGUGCGCAAAAUACAUGCUGAGAGCCAAUUUGGUCAAGGAAGCCGAGGAGAUGUGUUCCAAAUUCACACGGGAAGGGACUUCUGCCACGGAGAAUCUCAAUGAAAUGCAGUGUAUGUGGUUUCAGACGGAAUGCGCCCUUGCUUUUCAAAGAUUAGGAAAAUACGGGGAAGCGUUGAAACAGUGCCACGAAAUUGAGAGGCACUUCUUUGAGAUCACCGAUGACCAGUUUGACUUCCAUACCUACUGCAUGAGGAAGAUGACCUUGCGUGCCUACGUCGACCUCUUGAGGUUGGAAGACGUGCUGAGAAAACACGCCUUUUAUUUCAAGGCGGCGCGAUCAGCCAUUGAAAUUUACUUGAAGCUGCACGACAACCCCCUGGCCAGCGAGAACAAAGAGCAAGAAGUGAACUCAGAAAACCUUUCCGCCAAAGAACUGAAGAAAAUGCUCAGCAAGCAACGGCGGGCGCAGAAGAAAGCAAAGCUGGAGGAGGAGAAGAAACACGCAGAACGAGAGCGGCAGCAGAAGAGCCAGAAGAAGAAACGAGACGAAGAAGAAGAGGAGACCAGCGGCCCGAAGGAAGAAUUAGUUCCUGAGAAACUGGAAAGGGUGGAAAAUCCGUUGGAAGAGGCGAUUAAGUUCCUCAUACCACUGAAGAAUCUCGCAGCCGACAACAUAGACACCCAUCUGCUAGCCUUUGAAAUAUAUUUCAGGAAAGGAAAAUUCCUGCUAAUGCUACAGUCCAUUAAAAGGGCUUUUGCUAUUGGUGAUAACAACCCCUGGCUACAUGAAUGUUUGAUUAAAUUUUCCAAGUGCGUGUCAAAUCACAGUAAUUUGCCGGAAAUCGUGAACAAGGUUCUUACGCAAGAAAUGGAAAAGAUUUUUAUUAGCAAGGAUUUGGAAAGUUUCAACGAAGAAUUUCUCAAACGUAAUUCUACCUCCAUACGGCACCUGCUGUCAGGUGCCAAAAUGAUGUAUUUCCUGGAUAAUUCAAGGCAGGAGAAGGCAAUCGCUAUGGCUACUAGGCUCGAUGAAGUCAUGAGGGACAGAAACGUGAAGGUUUUAACGAUGGUGUUGGAUUUCUUGCGCGACGGCACCUUCGGCGAAUGCCACAGCCAGAGUGAGGCGUAUCGGACCGCGUGCCACAAAAUGUUCCCUUUAGCGACAGCCUUCAUGUCUCCCAGCAGCGACGAGGACAGUUGCUUUGCCCCCAUGAACCACAUGGCCAUCAAUCAUGAAGCGCUGACCAAUGAGAUUUGAAGCAGAAGGCGGGGCUUGCUCCUCCAAGGGAUCUUUUGGGAUCUUCCAGCCGGAUCUCUUCGGAACCUACUCAGCUGUCCAAUCCGGGAAACUGGAGGCAAAUCUGUUCCUUUUUUCCCCUCAGGAAGA